AUCAAACUUUAAACCAUAAUUUGAGGAUAUACAGUGCAAUUAAGCCUGUAAGUGUAUCAAAAAAAAAUCACAAUCAAGGAUAUAUAGUGCAAUUAGAAAGUGAAACUAGCUGCAGAGAGAGGGGGGCAGAAGCCCAGCAGAUAUUCGAAUCGGAUCCGGGACAUCUUUGGACCUCAAUACAAAAUGACUCAAAGCUUUCGGGUCUUUUCUCUUUACUUCUCUCUCUCUCGAUAGUUUGUUUACACUUACGAUUUUUCUGGUUCGAUAAUAGCUUUAGCCAAGGUUCAGGUAUCAAAAUACUACUAGAUUAACCGCUACAAGCUACUUGAACAGGGCAGAAACAUGGCCGUGUCUGGUUCCAAGGCUGUUUUUGGAGAUGUUUAUGUGGAUGAAUUAUUGGCAAGCUGCUGGAACGGCUUCGGCUUUCUGAAACCUAAAGGGGUUUAUUUUGCUGAUCGGAGCCAUACCAGUUGCCGAAAAGCUUGUAUGCUUUUGAGACAGCAGGAACAAUCCCAUUUUGCUUGUGGAUACUAUAUUUCUGCAACAACGUCGAGAAACUCCAAAUGUAAUCCUCCUUUUGGUCCAAGGAUUAAAAGUAUCCACGCCUCAUCUUUGUCAUCCUCUGCUAGGGCUGUUCAUGAUGUGUCGUUUGAUGGCAGUUAUAGUGGUGAGCAGACUACAAAUUUGCCUGAACAAGCUAUUCCAGGUGAGAAAACCUUGACGCUUGUUUCUGGGUCAUGUUAUCUCCCGCAUCCUGCUAAGGUAGAAAAGGGAGGAGAGGAUGCUCACUUCAUUUGUGCUGAUGAACAAGCCAUAGGUGUAGCUGAUGGUGUAGGUGGCUGGGCAGAAGUUGGCGUUGAUGCUGGAGAAUUUGCUCGUGAACUUAUGUCUAAUACAGUUACUGCAAUUCAAGAUGAACCCAAGGGUUUUAUUGACCCUGCCAGAGUAUUAGAAAAGGCCCAUUCAAGCACAAAAUCACAAGGAUCCUCAACAGCAUGCAUCAUUGCCCUUAAAGAGGAGGGAAUACAUGCAAUAAAUCUGGGGGACAGUGGUUUCAUAGUGGUUAGGGACGGUUCAACUGUCUUCCAUUCCCCAGUGCAGCAACAUGGUUUCAAUUUUACUUAUCAGUUGGAUAGUGGUAAUAAUGGUGAUCUACCAAGCUCUGGUCAGGUUUUCAGAAUUCCUGUUCUGCCAGGUGAUGUCCUUGUCGCUGGAACAGAUGGGCUAUUUGAUAAUCUGUACAACAAUGAGGUUACUGCUGUCAUUGUUCGUGCUUUAAAAGCUGGCUUGAGUCCCGAAUCGACAGCUAAACAGAUAGCAGCUUUGGCUCGCGAACGAGCGGUGGAUAAGAACAGGCAGUCACCAUUUGCCAAAGCUGCCCAAGAUGCUGGGUUCCGCUAUAACGGCGGCAAGCUUGAUGACAUCACUGUAGUUGUUUCCUAUAUUACUAGCCCUGCAAAUGUGUGAGUCUCGUCGGAGCUGGUGAACCUGUCGAGACGUUGCAUAGUUUAAAGAGUGGUUAUCUGCGAUGGUUUUUAGGCUUGGAGAGGUUCAUUAGUUCUGUUACUUCUGGCCAUUGAAAAAGAAAUAUUUAU